CGUAAUUAUUAAAGUUGUUGACCGUAUGUGCGUUUGUGCGCUUGCCAAGAAUGCAAAACAGAAAGCUUCAGGUUCAAGAGCUGGCGGCUUAGUAUAACGAAAUUUACUUAGCAGUUAAAGGACGGCAUCGCCUUGGCGCUGCGUCCGGGCAAGGGGCUAUGGAAGCGGAGACUCCCAACAGCAGUAGUGGAAGGUGUCAUAUGAUGCGUUUUGGGGCGCACAGGCAGAAGGGGUGACAACACGGACGCAUGAGACCAACCUGAGCACUGUCUCGACCGUUGGAGGAACACUCCACCGUCCAUGGCGCACGAAAUUCCACUUCAUUUCCGUGCCGCGUUAAACCCACGGGAGUUGCCGGCUGUUCGAGUGCAGCGCUUGUGGGCCCUGCAUGCGGAACUCUCCACCGCCGUCGGGCUGGCCCAAGCCGCCGCCUGGCUGCCCCCCGCCUGGCCGCACCUCCUGCAGCUGCUGGCUGACCCCGCACCCGAGGUGCGCGCAGCCGCCGUGCCGCUGCUAGGCCACCUGGGCGCAAUGCUGGCCGGCGGGCGGGAGCCGCGGCUAGCCGGCCGCCUGCCGCCCUCCGCGCUGCUGGACUGGACGCUGGCGCUGCUGUCGCCCGCUGGAGCGGCGGCCAACACGCCGGCCGCGCAGCGCUUGACACCGGAGAUCAAGG